CCUAGUAGUUACGACCCAUGAGCUCGCCUUUGGAUUUGGGAACGCCGCCGGAGGCCGCCAUAGCCGUCUGCCGCCGCCGUCCCCGUUUUAACACCCGUGGUGCGCUCCCGGACAGCCCGACGGGGGUGUGGAUCGUGUGUCGGGGGGAAUCGGGUGCGUGGACCCGCGGUGUGAGGGGAAUUGCUCGCCGUCCCUUACCUCCCGCCGUAAAGCCGCCCCGCUCCGUGGGCAAGUUCAUCAUCAAGCCAAUCGUCAGCCCUCCGUGUGGAGCGAAAACAUCUCUAAUUCCCAGGGAUUUUAACUCCGAGCACAUCAGGAUCAAGCAAGGACCCGUGCGCAUCCAAAAAGAAACUCCUAAGAAACCCUCCCAAGACUGAAUGCUACCUUCUACCAUCAGCAGCCUUUGAAGUUCUAAAGUGUUUAUUUUAUAUGUUAGUAUGCAUGUUCAACCUUUUGAAGACAAUUUGUGUAAACAUAACAACUUUGUUUUAGAUGUUGAAACAGGCAAAAAUAACCACCGUCAUAAAUUACCUAACUCUGUUUAAUAACUACUGUUCAACCUUCUGUGAUAUACAUGACCAACUUUCUUAA